AUGAUUGUAUUUACCGCUAUAUCUGGCGCUCAGAACGAGGAAGCGCUAUGUUACUUGGUAGAAAUAGAGGGAAAUGUAAAGAUAAUGCUAGAUUGUGGCUGGAACGACCAUUUUGAUUUGGAAGAUCUUAAGCACUUGCGAAGAGUAUCAAAGCAAGUCGAUGUACUUUUACUCAGUCACCCUGAUCUAGCACAUUUAGGCGCGUUCCCGUACGCGUAUGGAAAUUUCGGGUUAACUUGCCCUGUGUACGCCACUGUACCAGUGGUACAUAUGGGUCGAAUGUGCAUGUACGACUGUUAUCAGUCGAAAGCAAAUGAGGAAGAAUUCGAUACGUUCGCUUUAGAUAACGUCGAUGCGGCUUUCGAGAAAGUGACCCAGUUAAAGUAUUCACAACCGACUGCGUUGACAGGUAAGUGUCAAGGAAUCACAAUUACAGCGUAUUCUGCCGGACAUACCAUUGGUGGGACUUUAUGGAAGAUAAAAAAGGACACGGAAGAAAUAGUAUAUGCUGUUGAUUAUAAUCAUAAGAAAGAAAAACAUUUAGAUGGUACAGUAUUACACUUGAAUGGAGAAGUUCUUGAAGCUUUAAGUCGUCCUUCGUUAAUGAUAACCGACGCGUAUAACUCUCUUAUCGUUCAUCCACCGAGAAAAUUUCGGGAUAACGCGUUAUUUGAAACAAUCAUUAAAACAUUGCAAAAUGAAGGAAACGUAUUAAUCCCAACAGAUUCAUCAGCCAGAGUUUUAGAAUUGGCGUAUCUUUUAGAUCAGCAUUGGGCAGCGAAUCAUAUUUCAUAUCCAUUAAUCCUAAUGACUCACCAAAGUUAUCGAACACUUCAAUAUGCAAAAAGUAUGCUUGAAUGGAUGGGCGAUGCGAUUAACAGACAAUUUGAUACCUCAAGAGAAAAUCCUUUUGAAUUUAGGUAUCUUCGAUUGUGUCAUAGAUAUAAAGAUCUUACAAAGUAUCCAGGUCUAAAAGUUGUUCUUGCCAGCAAUGUCAGUCUGGAAACUGGAUAUGCGCGCGAGUUAUUUUUGGAGUGGGGAACGGACAAAAGAAAUGUUCUAAUACUUACGGAUCGUGGUCCCCCAAAUUCAUUAGCAAGGUAUUUAUAUAUGAAUUGGGAAGAAUUAGCGUCGUCACAACCAGCUGUAGAUACAUUGGCAUCAGCUGCACAGCAAUCGCAACAACCAGUCAUUAAGCCUGCUGUAUAUUUUAAUAAGACUAUGAAUUUUGUUAUUCGCAAAAAGAUCCCGUUAGAAGGAGCCGAGCUUGUAGAAUAUAAUGCAGAAAGACGUACUCGACUGGAACGAGAAGCGGCUGAAGCAGCUUUACGCGCAAAGUCAAAAAUGAUUAUCGAAGAUGACGAGUCUGAUCAUUCCGAAUCCGACGAGGUUGAUGAUGAUGAUAUGGAGGAACUGUUGUCGACACAAUUUGAUUUGUACAUUAAAGAUGCGACAAAAUCUGGUGGAUUUUUUAAACAGACUCAGAGUUAUCGCAUGUUUCCAUAUGUGGAGAAACGUAAACGAUUUGACGAAUAUGGGGAAACUCUUCAGACAGAUGGGUUUCUUAAAAGUAAUGAAAGAGACGAUCCAAACUAUUCUUCUGAAUCUGAUGUGCCGACCAAAUACGUCUCAUACAAUCAAGACGUUGAGUUGCAAUGCCAGAUUAGAUUUAUUGAUUUUGAGGGUACAAAUGACGGUCGCUCUAUUAAAACAAUAGUGCCUCAAAUACAACCUCGUAAAUUGAUUAUCAUACAUGCCUCGCCAGACGCUACCGCUGAUUUCAAACAAAGUUGUCUAGCAAUUGAAUCAAUGACAAGAGAUAUAUACACACCAGCAAUCGGUGAAAUAUUAAAUGUUUCAGCGGAAAUAAAAUUCUAUCCUGUGAAACUAACAGACGCGUUAGUUAGUUCUUUGAAAUUUUCAAAGCUAGAUGAUUACGACCUUGCAUACGUCACAGGAAAAAUUCAUAUUCCUUUGGACUCUGACGUUGCGGUGCUAGACGUGGAUAAAUCCGAGCAAGCGAAUAUUCGACAACCUGUAUUUGUUGGUGAAGUUAAAUUGACAGAACUCAAACGCGUCUUACAAACUGAAGGGAUUACUGCCGAAUUCAAAGGUGAAGGUGUGUUAGUAUGUAAUGAACGAGUGGCUGUUCGUAAGACAACGGCUGGCGAAAUCAUUCUCGAGGGUUCUUUAUCGGAAGAUUAUUAUAAAAUUCUCACUAAUAAAUGGCAUGCUGCUGCCAACAUUGACCCUUUGACUUUCGACCCACCAAUUGAACAAAUUACGUUGCCCACUGUUGAUACAUCCAAACACUCAAAUGCAUUAACUGAAGAAGAACAAAAGACGGUCAUCUUGAACCGAGAACUCUUAAAAUUGACAAGAGCUGGAACUUUUCCUGAUAUAUUUCUUCUUUGUCAAGAUAUGAAGAAUCGAGGGAUCAAACCAAACACAAGAACUUAUAAUCUUAUACUCCAAGUAUACCAACGUGAAGGUUUAUUCCAAGAAUGCACGGGUUUACUCCAUGAAAUGAUUGAAAAUGGAAUUCCACCUGAUUUGGAAACAUUCAAUCACGUAUUAUUGUCGACCUCAUUUGCACAAACAGGAAUAUAUCGUGAGCAUGUAUGGAGCCUAUUAGAGAAACACAAUCUGAUACCAUCUCCUCUUACUUAUGAACAUUAUCUUGAAGGCUUCAUAGUUUUAGAAGAGUUAGAACAUGCUCUUGAUGUUCUCGAUGAAAUGACUGAAAGGAGAUUCAUUAAACCGACCGCGAGAACCUUUUGGCAAAUUAUGAAGUUGGCGAUUGCACUAAAUGAAGUUGAUUUGGCAUUUGAAACAUUGCUUAAACUUGAAAAAUAUUACAAGUAUGUAUUGCCCACAAUAUAUAUGGAAGUUAUGAGAUGUUGCGCGUUUCACUUUCAUAUCGAAGGUAUUCUUUAUUGCUGGAAAAAAACAGUGGACGAUGCAAAUCUGAUACCUGAUCAAGGAAUAUGCCUAAGCAUUAUUAAUGCAGCAGCUAGAAAUGGAAACCCUGAUUUAGCCACAACAGUCAUUAAAUCACUCGUAGCAAAGCGUGUUAAAAUCGAAGAAGAGCAUUUUGCCGCGCUUUUGGCGGCAUAUGUUGCUGCUGGUGAUCUGAAACGUGCUUUCAACGUAUUGCGACUGGCACGCGAUUCGGGGGCUGAACCAAAUUGUGCGACAGCGUUCCCAAUCACCAAUCUCAUCCGGAAUGACGGCGAAAAAAUUGACAAAGCAUGUAAUACUCUGAAAGAACUUCAUUCAAAUGGUAGAAAAAUAGACGUAGCAGCCUUAAAUGCAAUAAUUAAAGCCUGUCACUAUGCCAAAUACAAUCAAGAGAACAGGUCUCAUGGAGCUGAUAUAGACAGAGCUGUAAAGAUUUAUAAUCAAGCCGAAACACUUAAUAUAAUGCCAAACGCGGAAACUUUCGAAAUGCUUAUGCAGUGUUGUCUUACUAUAAACCAACGUUCUCUUGGUCAACAAUACUUUGAAGAAAUGCGUAGACGAGGCAUUGAUCCAUCUCCUCGAAUAUUCACCACUAUGAUCCAACUAGUGUGUACUGACGCAGAUUACGAGGAUGCAUUUACCUUACUUGAAGAAAUAAAAUCGCGUGAUAUUUUACCACCAAUAACUGCUUACGAAGCAAUUGUUAGCAAAUGUGCACGACAUCGAGAUCCCAGAGCAACUAUUGCUUUGGAGGAAAUGCAAACUGUUGGUUAUUCACCUUCGCCGGAACUUGUUAAAUUUGUCAGGACAGGAACUAUGCCAAAAACAAAUAACAACAGAAAAGUACCAUACACCAGGCAAGAAACAACAUCAACCGAGAAUACAAAUCGAGAACCAAAUAUUCCCGAGAAUCCGGAGUUAGAUAGGCUUCAAGCAGCUCUUGACGAUUUGGAUGGAGAUUCCAAUUUUAAUAUUCCAAAUCUCAAUCAAGGUGAUAUGUCCCAAUUAAUUUCUGAUAUGGUGCCAACUGUAUUAUUACUCAAAGACAAAAAUAACGAGUCAAUUAAUAUGCCAGAAUUAUCAACGUUGUUGAAAAAUGGACCUGAUACCUCAAAAAUCUGGGGUAUUGUGGUGACUAGUCAACGUGCCGUAAAGGCACUUGUAGAGGCUUGGAAAGCAGCAGAAAAUGAUAUAUCCCACGAAAUUCAAAUCAAGUGGAAAUCUCUGCCAUUUUUCGUGGUUGGUAAUAUGACUGCAAGUAUCGCGACACGAGAUCUUGGAUUUACUCCAAUUGGAGCAAAAGAAUCUGGAAAUGCGGAAUUACUAGCCGAUUUCAUUGUAGACUUUUACACUAAUAAUAAGGAUAAUAAUGCCACUGAAAUAUUUACAUCGUCAUUGUUAUUUCUUGUGGGCGAUAAACAUCUUGACACUCUCGUCAAUAAACUCAAACCGACUGGCAUCAAUCUGCGAGAACUCACGGUUUACGAAUCAACAAGUAUACCGGAUUUCACUCGGGAAUUACAAAAUACUUAUGAUAAUGAUGGGUUAAAUACUAAUCAAGUUAAAGAAAAACGAAUACCAUUCAAUUGGGUAGUGUUUUUUAGUCCAUCAGGAGUUGAUUUAGCAUUACCUGCAUUAAAAAAUCUAAGGUUUUGGAAAUGGAUCAAAGUUGCGGCUAUUGGACCUACCACGAAAGAGCAUCUGAUAAUGAAUAAAUCCAUUAAUGUUAGUGCGGUCUCGCCAAAACCUGAUUCUCAAAGUUUAGCUAAAGCUAUCUUUGAAUAUGAUUCAUCAUCUUCCUCUGCU